AUUUUAUAACUUCCGUAGUAUUGAUAAAACUUUAUAGAAUCUUACAAUGAAAAGAAAAAGAAUUGAAUUUUUAGGGUAUUCAAGUAGCUACUGGAACUUAUACGGAAUUAUUACGAUCAUGUCCAGCAUUCACACAAUGGACAGAAACAACAACUCUUAGAUUACGUUCGGGUUCAACUGUAACAACUACUUCAUCUAGUCAGUUAAGUCUAUCUUCUGUUGUGCCGGAAUAUCUAACUCAAUUUUCAUUAUUACAAACAGAUAAAGUUAAUGACGAAGAAGAAAAUUUAUUACUAGCAUUAGCUGAUAAACCUAUACAAAAAGAAACAAUUGAAUCAAAACGAACUGGUUCUAUUGAUUUAAAUGUAUUGAUGCGUUAUAUACGGGCUGGUGGUUGUGGAAUAUUUGGUUUAUUAUGUCUUUUUGCAAUGUUUGCUGUAAGUAGUGUAACUACUUUACUUGCUAAUUGGUGGCUUGGCCGUUGGUCAAAUUCUGAACGUAUUCGCUAUGGAUCAACAAAUAUAAUGAGUAAUUGUUCAUCAAUGGAACAAUCACCAAUUACUAAUAUGUCAAAUGAAGAAUGGCUUAAAGAAAGAGAUAAAAAUUUUUAUGUUUUAUUUGGAUUAAGUUCAUUAAGUGUUAUAUUAUUAUUCAUACGAACAAUGAUUUAUUUUCUUUCAUGUCAUAUAACAGCUCGAUCACUUCAUAAUCAAAUGUUUAAUUCAUUACUUCGUGCACCAGUAUUUUUCUUUGAUACAAAUCCUAUUGGUCGUGUUGUUAAUCGUUUUUCCAAAGAUAUUUCAUCUAUUGAUGAAAAAUUAUCUGAUGUUACAUACCAUUUUGUUGAUCUACUUUUUGGCGUAAGUUCAAUAGCUAUAUUUAUUGCAUUUGUGCAACCAUUAUCACUUAUUUCAAUCGUGUUAGUUGCAUUUAUUACGGGACGAGUACGUCGAAUGUUUGCACCAGCUGUACAAGAUAUCAAGCGACUUGAAAGUUUAGGUCGAUCACCAAUUUAUUCUCAUUUAUCUUCAUCAAUACAAGGUAUACCUAUGAUUCGUUCUUAUGGAGCACAACAAACAUGUAUACAAGAAUUUUCUCAUUGCCUUGAUCAACAUACUCGAGUAUAUAGUAUUAUGCUUGCGAUGAAUCGCUGGUCAGCUAUGAGAAUUGAAUGUAUUGUAUCAGCUUUUGUUAGUUUUUUAGCCUUUUCAAUUUUACUUACACAUCGAAAUUUACCUAUUUCUGAUUUAAGUUUAAUAUUGGCUUAUUCAUUUACCUUACUUGGUUCUGUUCAAUGGAUUAUUCGACUUACUGUUGAUGUUAUGAUGCAGAUGACAAAUGUUGAACGUGUUAUUGAAUAUAUUGAUUUACAACCAGAAGAAUCACCAAAUGUUAAAAAUUUAAGAAGUUUGCCACCUCAAUGGCCAAUAGGUGGUAUUGUUUUUGAUAAUCUUUCAUUUCGUUAUUCAUCAACAAGUUCAUGGGUACUUACAAAUAUAAAUAUUUCUAUUCAACCAAAUGAAAAAAUUGGUAUUGUUGGUAGAACAGGUGCUGGAAAAAGUUCACUUAUUCAAUCAAUAUUUCGUAUGGCUGAAUUAAAUGGUCGAAUAUUAAUUGAUAAUGUUGAUACACAACAAAUUUCAUUAUAUGAUCUUCGACGACACAUUUCAAUUAUACCACAAAAUCCUGUUUUAUUCAAUGAUACAAUUCGAAUUAACCUUGAUCCAUUCGGUGAAUAUUCUGACAUUGAAAUUUGGAAUGCACUUGAUGAAGUUCAAUUUAAACCUGAUACGAUUGAUGGUUUACAACAACAAGUAGCUGAGGGUGGAUCAAACUUUAGUGUUGGUCAGCGACAAUUAAUUUGUUUAGCACGAGCACUUCUUCGAAAAAAUAAAAUACUUGUUAUUGACGAAGCUACAGCUAAUGUUGAUCAUAGAACUGAUGGACUUAUUCAAUUAGCUAUUCGACGCAAAUUUGUUAAUUGUACUGUAUUAACAAUUGCUCACAGGUAA